AUGUCAGCGCUGAGGACGACAUCGCUGCUGCGGGCGUCGCGUGCAGGCAGGCGGCCGUUUGCUGAGGCAUGCCGCCCCUUGCAAUUGCAAACACGCCGCGCCCUGUCCAUCGAGGGACAGCAGAAGCUUCUUUCAGCCGACCUCGAAGAAGCAGACCCUACCGUCUACGACAUCAUCCAAAAGGAGAAGAGGAGGCAAAAGCACUUUAUCAACUUGAUUCCCUCAGAAAACUUCACAUCGCAAGCUGUCCUGGAUGCCCUGGGCAGUGUUAUGCAAAACAAGUACUCGGAGGGAUACCCCGGAGCAAGAUACUAUGGCGGCAACGAGCACAUUGACGAGGCCGAGCGACUGUGCCAGCAGAGAGCACUCCAGGCCUUCCGUCUCGACCCCGAGAAGUGGGGUGUGAACGUCCAGCGUAUGCUACAGUCAACGUCAAUCUUGGUAUGCACCAGCUCACACUCGUCACAGCCNCUGUCCGGAUCGCCCGCCAACCUCUACGCCUACUCGGCCCUCCUUAAUGCACACGACCGUAUCAUGGGUCUCGAUCUCCCCCAUGGCGGCCACUUGUCCCAUGGCUACCAGACUCCCACCAAGAAGAUUUCGGCCAUCUCAAAAUACUUCGAGACGCUGCCCUACAGGCUCGACGAGAAGACCGGCCUGAUCGACUACACAAAGCUGCAUGAGCUGGCCAUGCUCUACCGCCCCAAGAUCAUCAUCGCUGGAACCUCGGCCUACAGUAGACUGAUUGACUACAAAAAGUUCCGCGACGUUGCCGACAGCGUUGGCUCGUACCUCCUUUCCGACAUGGCUCACAUCUCUGGUCUCGUCGCUGGCGGCGUUAUCCCAUCGCCUUUCGACUACUCGGAUGUUGUUACCACCACCACACACAAAUCUCUGCGCGGUCCCCGUGGUGCCAUGAUCUUCUUCCGCAAGGGUGUCAGAAGCGCCGACAAGAAGGGCAACGAGGUCUUUUACGAUCUUGAAGGCCCCAUCAACUCAUCCGUCUUUCCCGGACACCAAGGCGGUCCUCAUAAUCACACCAUCACCGCAUUGGCUGUCGCCUUAGCCCAAGCCCAGACCUCCGAGUUCAAGCAAUACCAGCAAACCGUCCUUGACAACGCAAAGGCUUUCGCUUCUCGUCUUGGAAACACAAAGGACAAGGGUGGUCUCGGCUACUCAAUCGUUUCUGGCGGUACUGACAACCACUUGGUUCUCAUUGAUCUCAAGGACAAGAAUGUCGAUGGUGCCCGUGUUGAGCGUAUUCUCGAGCUUGUUGGUGUCGCUGCCAACAAGAACACCGUACCCGGCGACAAGUCGGCUAUGAAGCCGGGUGGUCUCCGUAUGGGUACCCCCGCCAUGACUACUCGUGGCUUCCAACCCGAAGACUUCAAGCGUGUCGCCGAUGUCGUCCACCGCGCUGUUGAAAUCACUCGCAGAUUGGACGGCGUCGCAAAGGAGGCCGCCGAGAAGGCUGGUCGCAAGAACCCUGGUAGCGUCAACGCUUUCAGAGAGUAUGUUGGCGAGGGUGAGGAGAUCACAGAGGUCGUUCAGCUCAGAAAGGAGGUUGAAGACUGGGUCGGCACUUUCUCUCUGCCCUGGGACAAAUCAUGA